GCCACCAGUGGCUGCGGGGCGCCCGCGCGGUUUCUUCAUUGGAGGCCGCCCUGCCUGCCAGGCUACGCUGCGUCCGGGUGCGCGGCCGCGGCUGAGCGUCGGCGGCGGGCUGCGGUCUGUUAUGGAGGCGCUGGAACGGGUGGAGGGCGCGUCCGCGUGAAGGCGGCGGCAGAGAGAGAGAUCUGUCAAGUGGAGCCGGUGAUUGGUCUGGACCUUGCUCACGGACUCCAUGUUGUCCCGUCUAGGUAAAAACGACCCGAGAGAAAUUUGCGGGCUUGCUGUUCAGCGGUUGUGCUGCCAGGAGAUUCCUGCUUGUGACUGAAGGAAGCAGGCGUGCAUCUGCCCGGAGCUGGAGAGGCGCAGGCUAGAUGGAUCUAAAGACAGCCGUGUUCAACGCAGCUCGUGAAGGCAAGCUGCGGCUCCUUUCCAAGUUGCUGGCGAGCAAAACAAAAGAAGAGGUGGCCUUGCUGAUGUCCGAAAAAACCGAUGGUGCCACACCACUUCUGGUGGCAGCCCGUUACGGUCACCUUGACAUGGUGGAGUACUUGUUGGACCAUUGCUCCGCAUCGAUAGAAGUUGGUGGUUCGGUCAGUUUUGAUGGUGAGACCAUUGAGGGAGCUCCGCCGCUCUGGGCAGCGUCCGCUGCCGGGCACUUGAACGUGGUUCAGUCCCUGUUGGAUCGCGGUGCUUCUGUCAACAACACAACUCUGACAAAUUCGACUCCCCUGAGAGCUGCCUGCUUUGAUGGCCACCUGGAAAUAGUGAAGUACCUUGUGGAGCACAAAGCAGACCUGGAAGUAUCAAACCGCCACGGGCACACGUGCUUGAUGAUUUCCUGUUACAAAGGCCACAAAGAAAUUGCUCAGUAUUUACUUGAAAAAGGAGCUGAUGUUAACAGAAAAAGUGUUAAAGGAAACACCGCAUUACAUGAUUGUGCAGAAUCUGGAAGUUUGGAGAUCAUGAAGAUGCUUCUCAAGUAUUGUGCUAAAAUGGAAAAGGAUGGUUAUGGAAUGACUCCACUUCUGUCAGCUAGUGUGACAGGCCACACAAAUAUUGUGGACUUUCUGACCCAGCAUGUUCAAACCAGCAAGGCUGAGUGCAUAAACGCUCUGGAACUUCUAGGAGCAACGUUUGUUGACAAAAAGAGAGACCUUCUUGGUGCUUUGAAGUACUGGAAGCGAGCUAUGGAAAUGAGAUACAGCGAUAGAACUAACAUCCUGAGCAAACCCGUGCCACAAACACUAAUUAUGGCCUAUGCUUAUGCUAAAGAGGUAAACAGCUCAGAAGAGCUGGAAAAUCUUAUUGCUGACCCCGAUGAAAUGAGAAUGCAAGCUCUGUUAAUUAGAGAACGUAUUCUUGGCCCAUCUCACCCAGAUACAUCCUACUAUAUUAGAUACAGAGGUGCUGUCUAUGCGGACUCUGGAAACUUUAAGCGUUGCAUCAACUUAUGGAAAUACGCUUUGGACAUGCAGCAGAGCAAUCUAGAUCCACUGAGCCCUAUGACAUCCAGCAGUUUACUGUCAUUUGCUGAACUUUUCUCCUUCAUGCUGCAGGAUAGGGCAAAAGGCCUACUAGGCACUACUGUUACAUUUGAUGAUCUGAUGGGCAUACUGUGCAAAAGUGUUCUUGAAAUAGAGCGGGCCAUGAAACAAACCCAGUGUCCUCCUGAUCCAAUACAACUGAACAAAGCCCUUGCCAUCAUUUUGCAUUUAAUUUGCUUGUUGGAGAAGGUACCUUGCAGUUCAGAACAGGAGUAUUUUAAGAAACAGACUAUUUAUAAGUUUCUUAAGCUUCAGCCUAGAGGGAAGAAUAGCUUCAGUCCACUUCACCUUGCUGUUGACAAUAGUACUACGUGUGUGGGUCGCUACCCAGUUUGUAAAUUCCCUUCUCUACAAGUUACUGCUAUCUUGGUGGAAUGUGGUGCUGAUGUAAAUGUCAGAGACUCUGAUAACAAUAGUCCAUUGCACAUUGCUGCACUGAACAACCAUCCAGACAUCAUGAAUUUUCUCAUUAAUUCAGGUUCACACUUUGAUGCCACAAACUCGCAUAGAAAAACUGCUAGUGAUCUGCUGGAUGAUAAAGAAAUAGCCAAAAACUUAAUCCAGCCCAUAAAUCAUAUUACAUUGCAGUGUCUUGCUGCUCGUGUUGUAGUGAAUCGUAACAUACGCUAUUCAGGCCACAUCCCUGAAAAACUAGAGAACUUUAUUUUACUCCAUAGAUGAUAGUGUGAAGCCCCAGAGUACUGUUUUCUCUGCAGCACGACUAAGUGACAAUGUUUUCCUUUGAAUAAUGUUUGACACACCAGCAUUCUCUUAGCUUGCUCCAUCUUGCUUUCAUUGGUUAAAGCAUUGUUAGCAUCAGUUUGGCAGAGUUGGUUACCCAGUAUUUAAUGUAUGCCAUAUAUUAUAUUUUGUGGGUUAAUUAGAAAUGAAAUGCCAUAUUUAGACUCUUAAAAUUGUUUGCCAAAGGCUUGUCUAUUAUUGCCUGAUGGCUGUUUGGAACUGAGUUGAGUGUUUUCCACUGAAGUCUUAUACUAUAACUGUUGUGUGGAUUUUAUACAGCUGGAAGGUCAUCUUUUUGUGUUUUUUUUUUUUCUUGAGCAUUUCUACUCUCUUCAUUUGUAUGGACUCAUUGCUAAACUGUUUAAGUUGGAUGGACUUGUUAACGUUUGCAACUACCAUAAGUGCUUUUAUCUUUUCUAUGCACUGGUUGAGUUAUGACUGUUGCGUGUGAGCAUACUUCUAUGCAGCACUUGGCCAAUUUUGAACUAAAUGUAGAUUUCAUUUUGCAGUUUGUUUGGAGAUUUUUUUGAGAAUGCUGGCUUCAUAGCAUGACACAUUUUGGAACUACUUACCAGUUCUCCAAACUUGGAUUUUACUUCUCUGAGUGCUGUAACUGAGGUUUCUUUCCUCUUGAUCCUCAGGAGAGCUAAGUUUAGGAGAAAAAAGUCUUUCUCGUGGUAAUUUCCCUGAACUUUAAAUCUGAAAAUCAUCCUAUUGCAUCAUACAGUUAGGGGAAGAGUCCUCAUUAUAUACAACUGACACCUUCCCUUUUGCAGUCAUGUCUUGCUUGUGCUGGUUAUGUGACUAGAUGUGAAGUUUGUUCAAAGUUUAACUUCAAACUUAAUGAUACACUUAAAUGAGAAGUAGAUCAAAUGAAUGCUGUAGUUUAAAUUUACAAAUCAACUUUAGCUACAAAGGAAACUAAAGCAUGUUGGUGGCAUGACGCUUAUCAGUCCAGAUCUAGACAUCACUUAACAUUAUUUUGACUGUGUGGCUGUAUGGCAAGGUAUUGGAAGUUCUAUAGAAGUGUCCCUUUUUUCAUUUUGAAUAUCUUUAUAAAUAUUUGCAUGGUUUUUUCUUCUCUAGUGUGUCAGCUGUACUUUCAAAAAAAAAAAAAGCAGAAGUUCUGUUGUGUAUAAAGCUCCUGAUGAAAGUACCUAUUUUUAUAAUAUUUGCACAACAGCUUAGCUUUUACAACAGAAAGGGCUCUUUUGACUUGUUAAACCUAUAAAUGGAGAUCAUAAAUGUGCAAUUCAGGUAAUUAAUAUAAUUCAGCACUUUACUGUUGAUUAAUGGUAGAAUAUAUUGUGGCACAUUAGCCCUGCAGAUGUCUUGAAGUGAAAUUCAGUUCUGUUGAGUAGAAUACGCUUGUUUCUUAGCCUAGCAUAUUGGGUAUUGUUGACUAAAGGUUUCAUUCCAGUGGUGGGUAGUAAACAUACCUAUGGGCUUCUUGCUCCAGAGAUUCAACAAGUUGACUUAUGGCUUUUGUCAGAUUUAUGAAAAUUUAAAGGCCAAAUUAACCAGAUAAAGGUAAAGCUGUAAUAGGAGAGUAAUUUUUGAUUAUUCUUAUUUCUAACCUUAUGUUGGAACAUCUUUGUCUUCUGGGAAUUAAGUUGGGCAAGAAUGUAUCUUGAGGGCAUGUUAGAAUAGUUCUUCAUUCCUUUCUGACUAUUUUGGGGUUCUUGUUAAACUGUACACUAUUAGCUUCAUCAUUCUUGGGGAAAAAAAUACAGGAAUGUUUUUAAAGAAAGGCAUGUUGAAAGUGCCAUUGGUGUAUUGCCACUUCCAGGCUUUAAUUAGAAGUGACUUUAUCCCAUGCCACGCAUACACGUUUGAAAAUCUGGGAAUGAAGAAAUCCAACUACUACUAUGUAUUUUCAAGAUAAACUCUUGAAUUAGCUGCAUUUUUCUGAUGAUUAAAAUACGUGCCACCCAAGUUGUCCCUUCUGAGAACAACAGCUUGAUUUUUAUAUUCCUUCUUUUUAUUUUUUUUAUUUUUAGAGGCAAACAAGAAAUCAUGCCACAGUACAAAUAAUCCACGUUAUGCCAAGUCAUAAAAAUAAUUCUCCUUCUAUAGGUUACAGGAAGACAGAUUUUAACAUAUUUAGAGUUUUGUACUCCGGAAUCUUACUUGGUGAUUUUUGUUUAAAUUUGUCAUUGUAAUUUUCUAAUAACCAGUUUAAAAUUAGUUAUUUGGACAUUGUUAGUCCAGGAAUAUAAUUUCAAAAAAAUUAACUGUUAGCAAAGAGCAUUCAGUAUUGAACGCUGAACACUAUUGAAGACAUUUCCAAAAUGAUUGGGAAGCAGAUCAUCAUUAAUUGUAUGUAAAUCCAGUGGAGAUGAAGUCUUUCAGGGAAGGCCUAUUCUGUGAACUAUUUGCUUUACUUCUUAAAAAAUAUCUUAUGUAAUAGAGAGUACUGAUUUACUGUGUAUACUUCUGUCUAAAUAUCUAUCAAUAUAUGUCAAUUCUGAAAUGCAUCACCUCCAUUCAACAGUUAGCCUCCAUGUCAUGGAAAACUAUCUGCUGAACUCAUCGUUCUAAUUUUUACCACAUAUUUGAUGCAUUUAACUGUUCCAUAUCCUUCUAGACCUGUAUGUUUACAUUUCUCUUUAAUUUCUGCUUAAUUAAGAAAAAAAAAAGGCAGCGGAGGGCCUGCAUUGGAUAACGUGUUAUAGAUUAAUUUGAGGAUUUCUUGAUUAAGAGACGUGGCAGGCCUUGUCAUACUUGCCUGAACCCCUGUGGCCAGUGCUGAUGGGUAGUAACAAAUUUUCCCUCAGCUACUGGUUCUUCCCAAUGUUGUCUCCACUGCAGUCUAGAUAUCAAUGUUCUGGACAAGAGGGUUUGUUUUUUUUUCUUUUUAGUCAUGUUACUCAUUCAGAGGUGGCCGUAAAAUGAUUUUAGUGAAACCUAUUCAUUUUAAAUGCAGUAGUACAGCUAGCUCAACUUGAUAUGGUCAGGGCAAUGAACUAAAGAGCAUUCAGAAUGCAGCUUUUUGUUGUAACUUCAACUAUUCUUGUCAUAUCUGGGCUUUUCUCUGGUGAGGUGUGCAGUUUCUGAGCUACCAGCACAAAAAAUGUUGAGAACACUGUGGAAAAAAAUUGUAAUGCUCAGCAAGGGUGACACAGGUUUUAAAACUGAUUAAGCAGUUUACAAGUGCAAAGAUACCUCCUUGCUUGUUAAGACCUCUUAAGGUGUAUUUGGGGAUUAUGAGGAGGGAGCAGGGACAGAAAUACUCCUUUGAGUUUUUCUUCCGUUCUUCUUGGGCUUCAACAGAAAUACUUCAGUCAGGUAGAUGAACAGUACUCUGGUAAAAAGUGAGAUGCUGUUCUUAUCAGAUUCUAACAUUAUAUUCCUGCUCUUGUAUCAUACUGGUAACGAGGUUCCAGCUGUCUGUGAUGUCUCUGUUCUUUUUAAGUGCAAUAUGAAUGCACUUUCUGAAAUGCAAGGCAACAAUUCAUUUUCCAUAUGUACUUCACAGCAGUCCCUGGGUAGGAAUUUGUGUAUUUCUGAAGUCCUCAAAAAGUUCUCUCCUAAUAAAUGUUUUGCAGUUCAUUAAAAUUAAACUCUUUCAAUUUUUUUAUAAAACACUUAAAAUUAAAAAAAAAAAAAAAGAAAAACACUUAAAAAAAGGGAAAAAAAAAUAAAAGGAAUAAAAUGCCAUAGCAAAAUCUUUACAAAAGUAUUUUAAAAGGGGAUAAAAAUGUGCCUCUCCUCAGUUUUAUAUCAACUGCAAGGUGAUGGUGGCAGAACAUGACUACUGUUGAAAGAGCUUCUUCAAGCUUUGGAAUAUGCAGAAUGGAAUGCAUGUUAUACUUUGAAAUGUUGACAGAUGUGACCAUGUAGACUUAACACUAAUUUCUAUUUUCUGUGACUGCAAUAAAGUCAAGCGGUAUUUGAUGUUUCAAAGUAAUUAUGAGGAAAUUAAUGGGAGACCUGCUAGACUGUCUUGGCUUUGAGUGUGAAUGUACUUGUUGAACCCUCAGUGAGGGCAGAAUGAAAAGGUAUUGUUUGUUUGGUUUUAACUGAUUUUGUAUUUGUUCCAUUCUACCACGAGGAAUUCCUGUGCAGGGUGAGCUUCAUGUAUGGAAACAUUGCAGUUUCUUUUUUACGUGAAGUAAUUUAGCUUUAGCAUCAAUGUAAAAAAAAAAAAAAAAAGAAUAACAAGCAUAUUUCUGUGCUUAAACUCUCUUGAGGCUCCAGAUGCAGAUUAUAUUAAAAAUAUGUUUUGGAGAAUA